UACUAUACGUCGAACAAAUCAAAGCGAAAUAAUAUGAGCACUCAUGAGAGCAAUUGGCAGAUAAGAGCAACUGCGCUGACUUCUGUCUUCUCUAUUCUGCAUAGUGCUGACAACCCCGCCAUUUGGUAUAAGAAGUCGAAGUACCCUUAUUUCAACGCUUACUGAUCCAUACAUUCUUACACAACCACCAAAUCAAUGGCUGACGUGCAGAAAGCCAUUCUCUUCAUCUCUGGCGGCUGGCACACGCCGCAAAGCUACACGAAGCUGACCAAAGCUCUGUCAUCAUCUGGCUUCAAAGUCCAUAUUCCUGCUCUAGGAUCAACCAGUGAUGCAAGGCCACCAAGCGGCGACUUGGAGAGCGACACCGCUAUUAUUCGUUCAUAUGCAGAAAACCUCGCCACAGACGGCCACGAGUUCGUGGUCUUAAUGCACUCGUACGGCGGCCAAGUGGGCACCAACGCGCUCUCCGGGCUCAGCGUCUCUUCAAGAUCCAAACAGGGUCUCGCCGGCGGUGUCUCGCACCUGGUCUACAUGAGUGCGACUGCAGUCGCAGAGGGCAAGAGCAUGGUCGACACUGUGCGCGCAUUUGGCCACGAAGAGCUUAUGCCGCUGGCUUUCGACGUUGCUGACGACAAGUCUUGUGUCCACCGCGACCCGAAAUUGCUUGUGAUUGGCGCCGACGGGGACGUUUCUGAGGAAGAGAAGGAUGAGUAUGUGAAGACGUUUGAGAGGUGGAACGCCCAUUGCAUGUACCAGCCGAUCACAGCCGCGCGUGCGGCGUGGCGCGAUGCGCCAGUGUCGUAUAUCUAUCUGACCGCUGAUAUGACGGUGCCGCUGGAUUAUCAGAAGUCAUUUGUUGGAGGAAUGGAAAAGGAGGGUGUGCAAGUGCAGACGGUUUCUAUCGAUACAGGCCACUGUCCCAACCUGACGAGGCCGAACGAGGUUGUUGAGAUUGUGAGGAAGAUCGCUGAUGGAAAGGCGGUGGGAGGGGAGAAGGAAGACCAAACGAUACGUGGCACAAGUACAGGGGACGUCAAAGACGAAAUCCACAGUGUUGGAGGUACAGCGACUUGAAUAGGUAGCAUUAUUCCGUAUAAACAGACUAUUCUGCCUACCAAACCUUCUGUCCAUUCUGCUGUGCAGGUGUCACACUCGCACU